AUGGCCAAUUCGUCUCCUCUGUUUCAUUCAGCCCAAGAGGACUUGUCCUCAGGCGACGAAGACGUGACCUCCUCCCAACUUGGAGAUGACGAAUACGAGAUCGCCGGCAUCCUUUGCGAACGUAAAGCAUUGCCUACCGACCGCGAUCAUCUCGCUAGGUACUACCUCGUCGAAUGGAAAGGUUAUCCGAUUUAUUGGCAAGCAACAUGGGAGCCAGGCAACAACAUUCCGCCGGACACGUUAGCGGCAUGGAAGGUGAAGAAGAAGGAGAUGCAGAAGAAGGGCGAGCCCGAAUUUGAUUGGAAAAGGUGGCAGAAGGGAUACGAAGCCGAUCUCAUCGCUCAUCCUGAGACUUACCCGUACGUAUGGGCGGUGGAGACUGAGAAGGAGGAUGCUACGCCAGAACCUCCAGCUGCGUCAGUUGAGCCCGAUCGCCCUUCAAUGGUAUUAAAGUUAAAGAUGCCAAAGAAGCCAGCUACUUCUGCCUACAAAGCACCUGCUCCUCCAGCUGCUCCACCUGCAACAGUCAAUCCUCCCACAGCAUCAUCAAAGUCAAAAAAGCUGGCAGCUCCCGCAGCUAAACCAUCAGCAUUGAAGGCAACGGAUGAGAUCUCCUCCAGAGCAUCAUUUGCUCAAGCUCAACCGGCCAAAGGUUCUACAAUGACAUCAGCACCGAAGAAGUCUGUAGCUACUACAGCUCAGCUACCUGUACCAAGACCAAAGGAGAAGACUUUAUCCAUGGCUCUUGACGCUCCAGCUGCUUCAACUGGGCCAGCUGGCGGAUUGGAGUUGGAGUCGUCAUUGAAGAAACGAGUAGCCACCGGAGCACCGCCACAGGCGCCUGAUGCAAAGAUCAUAAAGAAGUCUUUGUUCAGCACACUGGCCACUUCAGCUGCAUCAAUGAAUCGCCCUGCAUUGACAUCAUUAGCCCAAAGGGCUGCUUUAUCUGGACGGGUUACCAAUGUGCAGCAGGUAUUUAAGAAGCCGUUAACUCAGUCUGUUACUUCAAAAGCUCCUGAUCCUGCAGUGGUUUCUGCUAAAUCCGUUGGCCAGCAUGUGAUAUCAGCGAUGUCCAAGAAACAGGCCGCUCCUAUAACCUCGUUACGCACCGGGAAGCCGGUGAAUGAGUCAUUGCUAAAAUCUUCAAUCACAUCGGCUGAAGCAGCUGGACCUGUUGGUGGUUUGGCACCUUCAUCAAUCUCAAAGCCGCUAGCAGCCCCUCCUGCGCCAGUUGAAGUUCAGCUGUUAUCAUCAAAGGCAGCGAACAAAUCAUCACUUAAGGCUCCAGCUAAUUCAUUUGCUUCAGUGGAACCGGCCAGCAAGCCCAAGUUGUCUUCUGCACCUACAAAGACCGCAGCUUCUGUGCUGGCAUCCAAGACAAGUAGUGGGUUUUCCAUUGGGUCUUUCUUGGCUGACAUGAAGGAAGCAGCAAAGGAAGCUGAAAUCCAUGCUGCUCAGCCGCUAGCCUCAGCUCUUAGUUCUGCUGUACAGACGGCAUCAUCUCCAACCGGACAACCAGAAGUUGCAGUCCUAUCUCUUGGUCCUCAGGUCAAACCUCUCAAGACAGCAAACGGGAAAACCGGUGAGGAGGCAGUGUACAAUCUUUCUUAUGGCCCUCAAGUCCGGGAUGUGGGAUUGAUCAAGUUGCAUUACAGCAGGUACUCUACAGAGAAGAGGAUUCUCAAGGAGCUUCUUGAGGCACGACCAUCAGGUAUGAAAGAAAAUAAUCCGCUGCCGUUACAUGUCACCAAGUUUCUCUCAUUCUAUCAUCUUACACGGUUUUUUGGUCACCAGAAGGGUGCCUUACAACCUCCAGACACGAUCCUGGAUCUUGUUUACGUCCAGGAGGAAGCUGCUGCAGGAGCUCAAUUUAGGGAAAGCAUCUUGGCAAUGGGUGGUGUGGGUGUGAUUUUGCUCCCAGAAGUAACACUGAUGGUAUUUGCAGGCUCUGGAGAACCUUUGCAUACCACCUUUGGCCUUUGGAGUAUGCCAGUUCCCAAGAGUGGGUUGCGUAUGGCUGUUUAUCCACCUAUCAAGAAAGGCAGUGUUGAAACCUUUUGGUACCAGGAAGUGAGGUUGUCAAAGGCGCCUGGAACAUAUCGGACAAAACUAGUUGAGAAAGUGUGGGAUUUGCCCUUGAUUAAGGCCAGACAAAAGUUCAGUGUGGUCGCAUCGGAUGAAACCUUAGAGGGUGUUGAGCUCCGGGACUGUUUAUCAUCUCGGGGAGCGAUUGAUACGCACGAUGAUCUGAAUGCCGCCACACUUGUGUUCAUCCAUCGCCUAUUGCUGCCACAGCUUCAUCUACUUCCGCACCUCACGUCACUCAAAUCCCGGCCUCAAACUCAGUUUUAUCUUUUCGGUACAGCUUUUGCACUGGACCUUAUCAUCACCGACGGCGGAGACCAUAUCACCAAAAAUGCCAAAUAUCAAGCUACAUCAAUAUUUCCCCAUGGUGGAGUGAUUGUUAUGACGUCAGAGAUGAUCAUCAACAGUCCGAAUAUUGUGGAGUUCGUGUUGGGAUAUGCUGAAUAUGGUGGAUGGAAUGUGAUGGUGUGUCCAGGCCUCAUAACAGAGGUUGAAGCUUUCUGCCAUCAGGGAUUGACAGGCGAGAGUGACGAGGCUGGGAAGGAGUUCGGUGACGUUCUUCUUACAAUCCUUGCAAUUAAGGAAGCUUUGGAUAAAAAACGUGUGGUGGAGUUUGUGCUUCUUGAGGAGAGGGAAACAAUCUGUCAAAGCUUAUUGGCAAGUUUACGAUUGUAUCAGGUCUGGUCGUGCGAGACGUACAGGAGGUUCAUCGUUUUACAUAGUGUGAAAGAUGAUACCGAGCAAGAGUGGACGCAGGGUAUUGAAGUACAUACCCCAGACCAGUUUUUGAAGAUGAAGGCUGUGGCGGAUUCGAGGGCAGGGGAAUUGCAAAGGCGGUAG